AUGCCCUCGGCAACGGCGUUUCGCUGGAAACUGCGAGUACUCCCACCGCACUUAGGAUCGGGAUGGUCCAGCCUGCUCUGGCUUCAGACCUCGGCUCCGGGGCGCAUUGGCCCCGCUGAUCUCCAGUCGCCCGCCCGCUGGCCGAACGGAGCCUCCUCCCGAGGCACCGGGAACAGCAUCGCCGGGCUCCUGCGGCGGUGGCUCAGGGGCGAGAGGCGGCUGCGGGCGAGGGCCCGGAGCUGCCCGGAAGGUGCCCAAGCCGCGCCGGGAAUGAGCGACCGGGCUUGGCGACCCGGCGGGAGCCCCGCCCGCGUGACCCGGAGCCCCGGCUGGGCAGUGGCCGACGUCGGUCCAGGUGGGGCUGUUCGGCAGGCGGGGAUGCGGCGCGCCCACAGCCGCCCGGCCCGCGUCUCCGAGCGGGACCAGGCGGCAUCUCCGAGGGGCGCGCUGGCGGAGCUGCCCCGCGCCGCGUUCACGCUGGAGGCCUGGGUGCGGCCCGAGGGCGGGCAGAGCGACCCGGCCAUCGUCGCAGGUGUGUUUGACAAUUGCUCCCACGUGGCCAGCGACAAGGGCUGGAGUCUGGGCAUCCGUUCGCAGGAGAGCCCUGGGCGGAGGAACGCCCGCUUCGUCUUCUCGCUCCGGACAGACCGCAUCAAGAAAUCCUCCACCAUCUCGGCGUACCACCGCUACCAGCUCAACACCUGGGCGCACGUGGCUGCCACGUACAACGGGCGGCAGAUGCUGCUGUACCUGAAUGGGGAGCGGGUCGCUCGUAGCUCCCAGCAGUUCGGCGCCCUGCACAGCCCCUUCAUGGGCAGCUGCCGCAGCUUGAUUCUGGGGGGGGACAGCUCGGACGGGCACAACUUCCGUGGCCACCUGGCCCUGCUCACGCUUUGGAGCGCCGCUCUGCCGCAGGAGAAGCUCCAGCGGGCCUUCUUGAGGAGGGCCGACGAACGGGAAGCCGCCGUGCUGUUCAGCGCGCGGUUCAGCCACUUGGACCAGCAGUGGGUGGCCAUCAAGGACGGCAGCUAUCCGCUGGUGGAGUCCAUCCAUGUGCCAGAGCCGCCCCUUCUCUCACCCCUCACGCCCCCGCUGUGCGGGCAGACGGUCUGCGACAACGUGGAGCUGAUCUCCCACUACAACUCCCACUGGCCGCUGCGGAACGAGAAGGUGGUGCGCUAUCGCGUCGUCAACAUCUACGACGACGAGGGCCUGCACCCGACCGUCAGCCCGGAGCAGAUCGCCCACCAGCACCGGGCGCUGAGCGAGGCCUUCGGCCGCUACAACAUCACGUGGCAGCUGAGCGUCCACAAGGUGUUCAGCUCCCUGCUGCGCCACCGCGUGGUGCUGAUGAACUGCGAGCCCAGCAAGAUCGGGAACGAGUUCUGCAACCCGGAGUGCCGGCACCCGCUGACGGGGCACGACGGGGGCGACUGCCGCCGGCUGGGGCGCUGCUACGCCUGGGAGCGGCGGGACGGCGUCUGCAACAUGGAGUGCAACAACAUGCUGCACAACUUCGACGACGGGGACUGCUGCAACCCCAAGGUGGCCAACGUCUGGAAGACCUGCUUCGACCCGGAUUCCCCCCAUCGGGCAUACAUGAGUGUGAAGGAGCUGAAGGAGGCGCUUCAGCUGAACAGUACCCACUUCCUCAACGUCUACUUCGCCAGCUCCGUGCAGGAGGAGCUGGCCGGUGCUGGCACCUGGCCCUGGGACAAGGAUGCCCUCAGCCACUUGGGUGGCGUCGUCCUCAACCCCGCUUACUACGGCAUGCCAGGACAUACAAACACCAUGAUCCAUGAAGUAGGACACAUCCUGGGGCUCUACCACGUCUUCAAAGGAGUGGACGAGCGGGACUCCUGUGAUGACCCCUGCAGGGAGACAACCCCCUCCAUGGAGACUGGAGACCUUUGUGCUGACACGGCACCUACUCCCAAAAGCAAACUCUGCCAGGAUCCAGAGCCUGUCAGUGACACCUGUGGCCAAACCUACUUCUCUGGAACCCCCUUCAACAAUUAUAUGAGCUACACAGAUGACAACUGCACGGACACGUUCACCCCGAACCAGGUGGCCCGCAUGCACUGCUACCUGGACCUGGUGUACCAGCAGUGGACGCAGGGGCGGAAGCCCACCCCGAUCCCCCUGCCGCCGAUGGUCAUUGGGCAGAGUCAGGACUCUCUCACCAUCCACUGGCUGCCCCCCAUCAGCGGGGUGCUGUAUGAAAGAGAGUCAGGGACCCUCUGUGCUGAUUGUGCCGAGGACGGGACCUUCAGCCAGUACGUCCACGAGGCCUCCUCCCCUUUGAUCUGUGAUUCUUCUGGCUACUGGACACCAAAGGAAGCCGUAGGGCCUCCGGACGUGAGUCAGCCCUGCGGGACCAGUCUGCAGGCCUGGAGCCCUGAAUUCAACCUGUUCAACGUGAGCAUGACCACACCCUGCCUCCAGCCCCUGGGCUGUGUCUUGGAGCUGCGCUUCCUGCACCCGGUGUACCCGGACUCCCUCGUGGUGUGGAUUACCAACUUCUCCACGGACUCCAAGGCCCUGUCGGAUGUUGAGAUCCUGACUGAGCAGGGGGCCUCGUUGCACCUGGGACCUAUGGACACGUACUGCGACAUCCCCCUUACGGUGAAACUGAACCUGAACAAGAAGGUGUCUGGCAUAAAGAUCUACACAUUUGAUGAGAAGAUGGAGAUCGAUGCCGCCCAGCUGAUCUCCAUGCCGCAGAGCUCACUCUGUUCCGGCUGCAAACCCGUGAGGUACAGGGUUCUGCGAGACCCCCCGUUUCUGGAUGGAUCCCCAGCUAUGGUGACUCAGCCAGGACGGAAGUUUAUUGACAAGGACGUGACGAAAGGUCAGUUGUAUCGGUACCAGGUGCAGACUGUCGCGGGAGCUGCGGCAGGUGACGCCUCCCCACCUCUGCUCCAUGUCCAUGGCUCCCCUUAUUGCGGAGAUGGGAAAGUGAGCACGAGCCUUGCUGAGGAAUGUGAUGAUGGAAAUUUGAUAGAUGGGGACGGUUGUUCUAGAACUUGCAAGAAAGAAAAGGGAUUCCAUUGCACUGGUGAACCCAGCCUCUGCUACGUCCAUGAAGGUGACGGCAUUUGCGAGCCGUUCGAGAGAACCACCAGCAUUGUGGAUUGUGGUCUCUAUACCCCCAAGGACUACGUAGACCAGUGGGCGUCGGAGGCCUACACCUCCCACCAGGAUGAGAAGGCGUGCCCAGUUUCCCUGGUGACUGGCGAGCCUUUCGUGCGGGUGUGUACCCCUUAUCCUGAGGACAUGCCUGCAGAUGGACCUCAGAUGGCCUGGUUUCCUUGCACAAACCACGAAGUUCUUCCGGAUGCAGACAGGGAGAAGAUGCUCCUGGAUGACAGGGUCUGGCUGAAGGUGAGCUUCGACAGACCCAGCGCAGCGACCGCACUCUUCGUUUUCCUGGCGUCUACCGGCAUGUCUCCAGGGGAGCACCCCAGGCCGACUGUGACCGUCCACCUGGGCGACGUUGGCGGGCACAGCCACCUCCUCGCGACAUAUGAGCUAUCGUGUCAGCAGAAUCCGCUGGUCAUCGACUUAACCGAAAACGGCACCACCCGCCAAGUCUCCUCCGCCUUGUUCUACUUCUCCUCCCUGUCCGUGGGCGUCUCUGCGGUGGCCCUGCGAGCGCCUCUGCCGUCGGAUCCCUUCGGCCCAAGCAACUGCCUCCCGGAGCACGAGGGCCGCAGCUGCCGGAGACCCAGCUGCACCCAGCAGGACUGUGAAGAGCAAGGGAGGUGUGAGCCGCCGCAGGUCCAGCACGCUGCAGCCCCUAACUGCACCCAUGGCAGUCGGGGGCACAUGGAAUGUGUGAUUACUUGUGACAGUGGAUAUGUCCUCCAUGCCAGUCAUGGGCAGUUGCUGCGCCCCGGACAAAAAGAAAUCCGGUUGACCUGCAGUUCUGGGCAGUGGGACAGGUCUGUGACUUGUGACCCCGUCGACUGCCGGUUUCCAGACCAGUCGCAUGUGCUUUACGCAGAGUUCUCCUGCCCCGGAGGGACCACAUUCCUCAAGCAGUGCCUCUUCUCCUGCAUCGAGCCAGCAAAGCUUCAAGGAACGAGCCAGAGGCUCACCUGCCUGGAGGACGGACUCUGGUCGCUCCCGGAAGCCUACUGCAAGCUGGAGUGCGACACGCCGCGCCUGGUCGCCAACGCGAAGCUGCUGGAGCAGCGGUGCCUGCAAGGGAACCACGACGUGGGCUCCGUCUGCCGCUACAGGUGCAAGCCCGGAUACCACGUGGCGGACUCCGCUGAGGAAAAGCCCCGGAAGAAGAUCCUCAGCAUCCGUUGCCUGGAGAGUGGCUUCUGGGAGGAAGGCGGCUGUGUCCCCGUGGUGUGCAAACCGCCCCCGCCCGUCUUCGAGGGAAUGUACAACUGCACCAACGGCUUCGAGCUGGACAGCCAGUGCACCCUGGCCUGUGGCCUGCAGAGCAUGAAGCCUGCUAUCCUUUGCACUAAAGAUGGUUUGUGGUCGGAGGAAUUUAAAUUGUGUGAAGAGCUACAAGGGGAAUGUUCGCCCCCCGAAGAGCUUAAUUCAGUGGAGUACAAGUGUGAGCAAGGUUAUGGAAUUGGGGCUGUGUGCAUCCCCUCCUGUCUCAUUCUUCCAAGAGACCCUGUGGUGCUGCCUGAGAACGUCACUGCCGAUACCAUGGACCACAGGCUGAAGCCCACCAGAGUCCGGAGUCUGGUCUGCACUGGAAGACUGGAGUGGCAUCCAGAUCCAAAAGCCAUGCAUUGCAUCGCGUCCUGCGAGCCUUUCCAAGCGGACGGCUGGUGUGACACCAUCAAUAACCGAGCCUAUUGCCAGUAUGACGGGGGCGACUGUUGCUCCUCAACCGUCUCAUCCAAAAAGGUGGUCUUAUUUCCCAACGGCUGCGACCAGGACGAAUGCACCUGCCGGGACCCAGACGCCCAGGAGAACCAGUAA